UCAGUUUGAGGGUCCAUGGGCGCCAAAAACUCCCUCUCCCCCAAAAUUUGCGUCCCCGCCAAAGACAAUGGUCCGGAAACGCACCCAUUUCAUAUAAGUUCAACCGACGCUUCAGAACUUCACACUCUCACCCUCUCAAGUGAAAAAAAAAAGCCUUUUGAGGGAAAGGAAGACCCUCACGAAAUGGGUUCCGCUUCUCUUCUGGAUUCUUCCACUAACAACCCUUCUCAACCCUCUUCUGCUUCAAAAUCAGGUGUUGAGAACGGUAAGAGUAAACAGAAGUCUGUUGUUUCCAAUACUGACGAGGAAGUUGUGGCCAAAGAUAAACAAAAGAAGCGAAGUUUGUCGAAGAGCAGUGAGCAGCCAAACGGCAAGAAGAAUAAACAGAAAUCUGCUGUUUCCAAAACUGAAGAGGAAGUUAUGGCUAAAGAUAAACAAAAGAAGCAAAAUUUGACAGAGAGCGAAGGGCAGUCAAAUGACAAGAAGAGUAAACAGAAAUCUGUUGCUUCCAAAACUGAAGUGGAAGUUAUGGCUAAAGAUAAACAAAAGAAGCGAAAUUUGUCGGAGAACACUGCAGCUAUGCGCAAAAUGCCAAAACGUGCUGCAGCGUGUACAAAUAUGAAGGAGAAGUCCUUUUCAAUAUCCGAGAAGUCUUGUCUCAUUGAAACAGAGGAGGAUCAGAUUGUAGAAGAAGAAAUUCUAGCUGUUCGCAUGACUGCUGGACAGGAUGAUGGUCGUCCAAAUAGGAGAAUUACAGAGUUCAUCCUCCAUGGUGAAAGUGGUACAAGACAGCCACUUGAGAUGCUGGAAGUUUAUGAUUUAUAUAUCAGUGGGGUUAUACUGCCGCUUGAAGCAAGCACAGGCAAGAAGAAAGAGAAAGGUGUUAGAUGUGAAGGCUUUGGUCGAAUUGAAUCAUGGGAUAUAUCUGGCUAUGAAGAUGGCUCUCCAGUGAUAUGGCUUUCUACUGAUGUUGCUGAUUAUGAAUGCCAUAAACCUGCCACUAGUUACAAGAAAUAUUAUGAUCAUUUCUUUGAAAAGGCCCGUGCAUGUAUAGAGGUAUACAAAAAACUUGCCAAGUCCUCUGGUGGGGACCCUGAUAUCAGUCUUGAUGAGUUGCUUGCAGGUAUGGUGCGGUCUAUGAGUGAUAGCAAAUGCUUUACUGGAACUGCAUCCAUAAAGGAUUUUGUUAUUUCUCAGGGUGAGUUUAUUUAUAAGCAACUCAUUGGUUUGGACAUGACAUCCAAGACAAAUGACAGGAUGUUUGCAGAUAUCCCUGCUCUUGUUGCUCUUAGAGAUGAGAGUAAGAAACAAGCAAACUAUGUACAUGCUCAAGUAAUGCCCUCAGAUGGGACUCUAAGGAUUGGUUCAGGAAUUGGAGAUGAAGAAAACAAGAAUCAGAUGGAUUUAGUGGCUUCCGUAGAUGAGGAAGAUGAGGAUGCAAAGCUAGCACGGCUGUUGCAGGAAGAAGAGUAUUGGCAAUCUAUGAAGCAGAAGAAAAACUCCAGAUCAACCCCCACAUCUAACAAAUACUAUAUCAAAAUCAAUGAAGAUGAGAUUGCCAAUGAUUACCCUCUUCCUGCUUAUUAUAAAACCUCUGUUCAGGAAGCAGAUGAGUUUAUACUUUUUGAUAAUGACUAUGAUGCGUAUAACACUGAAGAUCUUCCAAAAAGCAUGCUGCAUAAUUGGUCUUUAUACAACUCAGAUGCAAGAUUGGUUUCCUUGGAACUUCUUCCUAUGAAGCCUUGUUCAGACAUUGAUGUUACCAUCUUUGGAUCAGGUUCAAUGACUCCAGAUGAUGGAAGUGGGUUCCAUCUUGAUACUGAGCCUGGCCAAUGUUCUUCCACUGGUUCUGGAGCACAGGUUGCUGAUGGAAUUCCAAUUUAUCUGAGUGCCAUAAAGGAAUGGAUGAUUGAAUUUGGAUCAUCUAUGGUUUUUAUAUCCAUCCGGACAGAUUUGGCCUGGUAUAGACUUGGCAAACCAUCAAAGCAGUAUGCUCCUUGGUAUGACACCGUAUUGAAAACUGCAAGGCUAGCUAUAAGCAUUAUCACCUUGUUGAAGGAACAGAGCCGAGUAUCACGACUUUCCUUUGGAGAUGUCAUUAAGAAAGUAUCUGAGUUUAAUCAGAAACAUAGUUCUUACAUUUCUUCUGAUCCAUUGACUGUUGAGAGAUAUGUUGUUGUCCAUGGACAGAUAAUUCUGCAACUGUUUGCAGAAUUUCCUGAUGACAUGAUCAGAAAGUCUGCAUUUGUGACUGGUCUUGCAAACAAAAUGGAAGAGCGACACCAUACCAAAUGGUUAGUGAAGAAGAAAAAAGUUGUGCCAAGGAGUGAACCAAAUUUAAAUCCCAGGGCAGCAGUGGGUCCUAUUGUAUCAAAGAGGAAAGCUAUGCAAGCUACAACAACAAGGCUGAUCAAUAGAAUAUGGGGAGAGUAUUACUCAAACCACUUGCCAGAAGAUUCAAAAGAGGGAACUGCUACUGAGUUAAAGGAUGAGGAUGAAGUGGAGGAACAGGAAGAAAAUGAAGAUGAGGACAAUGAAGACGAGACAAUACUUUUGGAGGGAACCCCAAAGCCACAUUCAGCUUCAAAGCAGACUAAAACAUUUUCUGCUGAGACAGAAAUAAGAUGGGAAGGGGAACCUGAAGGGAAGACUAGUUCUGGAUAUCAUGUUUAUAAACAGGCAAUCAUUCAUGGAGAAGUUGUUUCUGUAGGAAGCUCUGUUUUAGUGGAAGUUGAAGAAGCAGAUGAACUUCCAGACAUAUAUUAUGUUGAAUAUAUGUUUGAAUCAAAGAAUGGGAGAAAAAUGUUUCAUGGUAGGAUGAUGCAGCGUGGUUUUCAGACUGUUCUUGGCAAUGCUGCUAAUGAGAGAGAGGUGUUUUUGACUAAUGAGUGCAGGGAUUUGGGGCUGCAGGAUGUCAAGCAGACAGUUGUUGUGAGUAUUCAAAAAAAGCCUUGGGGGCAUCAGCAUCGAAAGGACAAUAUUGCUGCAGAUAGAGUUGACAGGGCUAGAGCAGAAGAAAGGAAGAAGAAAAGACUACCUACUGAAUAUUACUGUAAAAGCCUGUACUGGCCUGAAAGAGGUGCUUUCUUUAGCCUUCCAUUCAAUACUAUGGGUCUAGGGUCUGGUGUUUGCCCAUCUUGCAAAAUACAGGACACUCAAAAGGAGAAGGAUAUUUUCAAAGUACUUUCCUCCAAGUCUGGUUUCCUAUUGAAAGGAACCGAGUAUUCUCUUAAUGAUUAUAUUUAUGCAAGUCCUUUUGAAUUUGAGGAAAAGAUAGAGCAAGGGACCCAUAAGAGUGGGAGGAAUGUAGGGUUGAAAGCUUAUGUUGUGUGCCAAGUGCUUGAGAUCAUUGUCAAAAAGGAAAUAAAACAAGCUGACUCAAGAUCUACACAGAUCAAAAUCAGAAGGUUCUUCAGACCAGAAGAUGUAUCAGAUGAGAAGGCUUACAGCUCUGAUAUACGAGAGGUGUAUUACAGUGAGGAAACACAUAUAAUCUGUGUGCAAUCUGUAGAAGGGAAAUGUGAAGUCAGAAAGAAGAAUGACAUUUCUGAACCCAGUGCCCCUGGAUUCUUCCAAAAUGUAUUUUUCUGUGAGUACUUGUAUGAGCCUGCCAGUGGCUCGCUGAAGAAGUUGCCAGCUCAUAUAAAAGUUAAAUAUUCAAGUGGACAAACAUCUGAUGCUGCAGCUAGAAAGAGGAAAGGAAAAUGUAAAGAGGGAGAUGGUGUCCCAGAGUCUGAUAAGGAAGGGAAAACAUUAACUGAAAAACGUUUAGCAACCCUAGACAUUUUUGCAGGUUGCGGUGGCUUAUCACAGGGGUUGCAUCAGUCGGGAGUUUCAUCAACUAAAUGGGCUAUAGAGUAUGAAGAGCCGGCUGGUGAUGCAUUUAAAGCUAAUCAUCCUGAGGCAUUGGUGUUCAUUAACAAUUGCAAUGUUAUUCUUAGGGCUGUGAUGGAAAAAUGUGGAGACACAGAUGAUUGUAUCUCAACAUCCGAGGCUGCAGAAUUGGCUGCAAAGCUUGAUGAGAAAGAAAUAAGUAGUUUACCCAUGCCUGGACAAGUUGAUUUCAUUAAUGGGGGUCCUCCAUGCCAAGGUUUCUCUGGGAUGAAUAGGUUUAACCAGAGCAGUUGGAGUAAAGUCCAGUGUGAGAUGAUAUUAGCAUUCUUAUCCUUUGCCGAUUAUUUCCGGCCAAGGUACUUCUUGUUGGAAAAUGUGAGAAACUUUGUGUCUUUCAAUAAAGGACAGACACUCCGUUUAACUUUGGCUUCGCUUCUUGAGAUGGGUUAUCAGGUGAGGUUUGGUAUCCUUGAGGCUGGAACAUUUGGGGUUUCUCAGUCAAGAAAAAGGGCAUUCAUAUGGGCAGCCUCUCCUGAGGAUGUGCUUCCUGAAUGGCCAGAACCAGUGCAUGUCUUUUCGGCUCCCGAAUUGAAGAUCAAAUUGUCAGAGAAUGUCCAGUAUGCUGCUGUCCGGAGUACUGCAAAUGGUGCUCCAUUACGUUCGAUAACUGUAAGAGAUACCAUUGGUGAUCUCCCUCCUGUUGGCAAUGGAGCCUCAAAAGGAGUUAUGGAGUAUCAAAAUGAUCCUGUCUCGUGGUUUCAAAAGAAGAUUCGUGGUGACAUAGCUCUCUUGACUGAUCAUAUUUCAAAGGAGAUGAACGAAUUAAACUUGAUUCGAUGCCAGAGAAUACCUAAGAGGCCAGGUGCUGAUUGGCGUGAUCUUCCAGAUGAGAAGGUAAAUUUGUCUACCGGACAAAUUGUUGAUUUGAUACCAUGGUGCUUGCCAAACACGGCUAAGCGACACAAUCAAUGGAAGGGACUGUUUGGUAGGUUGGAUUGGCAAGGGAAUUUCCCAACUUCCAUUACAGACCCUCAACCAAUGGGGAAGGUUGGAAUGUGCUUCCACCCUGACCAAGAUAGGAUUCUUACUGUUAGAGAAUGUGCUCGGUCUCAAGGCUUCCCAGAUAGCUAUCAAUUUUGUGGCAAUAUCAUACACAAGCACAGGCAGAUUGGUAAUGCUGUGCCUCCUCCUCUGGCAUUAGCAUUAGGGAGGAAGCUCAAGGAAGCAGUGGAUAGUAAGAGCUUCACUUAGAAGAUGUCAGAUAGUGCAAAAAAUCAUUCAGGGUUCCAGAAACUAGAAACCCUUGUAUAUAGUUGAUCAUUUGUUUUGAGGUUAAUUGCUUGUCUAACUUUCCAAAACCAAAGAAUUGAAUGGAUCAUUUGUUCUCCCAUUGUGUAGUUGACAAUUGAGACCAAAAUUUGUUUUUGAAAUCGUUGACUUGGCAUUCAAUAGUUAAAAUUUAUAAAAU